AUAGCUGUCGGGGGUGGCGGGGCGAGCCCCGUCCCUGUGCAGCCCGAGGUCCAGGCUGCGGAGCUGGGGACGCCGAGGAGGAGCUCCAGGGCCAGGGCUGCAGACACUCGUGGGAGGCCUGGAGUGCAGCGUGGAGCCGGCCUCUCCUGGGCACCCCAGUCUUCUCCUUCUGCGCACCCCUGGAGCGCCGAGUCCUGCAUCCUCAGAUCUUGAGCCCGGAGGUGCCCAGGCCAGAUCUCUAAACGCUUGGAGACCUCAGCCCUUCGCCCUAGGUGGUCGGCCUUGAGGACCUGCUUUCCCUCUGGGGCUCCUGCGGGAACCCUAACCCUAACCCCAACCCCAACCCCAGGAGCACAUCUGAACCUCCCUGGCUUCCUGGCCUGGGGGUCUAUAGUUCGGUCCCUUCCAAGCCCAAGGGUGACCUCGACUGCCCCUGCCCAAGUUCCCUUGGAGUCUCUCACCAUCCAGCGUGCACAGAGCCCCCUUCCAGUCCCCGCCCCCCAGGACCCCUGCACGCCUGAGCCCCGUCCUCGCCGGGAUGAUGAUGUGGUCCAACUUCUUCAUGCAAGAGGAGGACCGGCGGCGGGCAGCCCGGGGCCGGAGGCAGAAACGUGGCCUGAGCCCUGAGCGCGAAGGCAAGACCAAGCUGGCGCUGCUGCUGGCUGUCAUGGGUGCCACGCUGUCGGUGCUGGCGGUGGGCACCGAGUUCUGGGUGGAGCUCAACACCUACAAGGCCAACGGCAGCGCCGUCUGCGAGGCUGCGCACCUGGGGCUGUGGAAGGUUUGCACCAAGCGGCUGUGGCAGGCGGAUGUGCCUGCCGACAGGGAUACCUGCGGCCCUGCUGAGCUGCCUGGAGAAGCCAACUGUACCUACUUUAAAUUCUUUACCACGGGGGAGAACGCACGCAUCUUCCAGAGAACCACGAAGAAGGAGGUGAACCUGGCAGCUGCGGUGAUAGCAGUGCUGGGCCUGGCGGUCAUGGCUUUGGGCUGCCUCUGUAUCAUCAUGGUGCUCAGUAAAGGUGCAGAGUUUCUGCUCCGAGUGGGAGCUGUCUGCUUUGGCCUCUCAGGCCUGCUGCUCCUGCUGAGUGUGGAGGUGUUCCGGCAUUCCGUGCGAGCCCUGCUUGGGACCGGGGACAGUCCUGAGCGAGGCCCGGGCCCACCCGUGGCCUGUGAGUUCUCCUGGUCCCUCGGCUGUGGAGUGGCCGCCGGCCUUAUCCUGCUGCUGGGGGGCGGCUGCUUCCUGCUGCUCAGCCUACCCUCCCAGCCCUGGGGGUCGCUCUGCCCCAAGCGGGCGCAUACGGCCGCCUAGGGCCCCAUGGCCACCGUGCCUCCUGGAGAAACUGAGUCCUCUCUACCCAGCCACGUGCUAUGGCUGAAUUCGGGGUGUCUGACGCGGGGUGCCCAUGCAGGUUCUCUAGGAAGCUGGCAGGGACCUGACAGAGACCAGGAUGCUCUGAGGCCUCAGGGGGAGUUGGGGGUUUUACCAUCCGGGUCUAGAUUGAUUUGCUUUUGGGGGACGCAUGCCCAGGACUGUCUGCGGCUCGGCUCAGGGUGGGCUGGGGAGGCAGGGGAGAAUGUUCGGACCUGAGGUGACUGGUGGGGGAUUAAAGAUCUGGAAACCGA